CCACUCCCCACCACAACCCCCUUGUCCCAGCACGUUCCCCAUUUCCCAUCACACAGUUUCUACCCUCUCCCCUGCAGCGCUCUGUCCCCAUCUCAUACCCCUGUCACCCCUGUCGUGCCCCUCACCCAGCCAUGGGGGUCCAUCCCCCAUUCCAGCCCCCUGCUCCCCUCACCUGCUCAGGGUGGCCCCGGGCACAGCGACUGCAGCCCCCUCCCCCUGCCCGCAGGGCACCUGCCCGCGCUGAGGACACAGGACGAGGGCACCAUCUCCAAACCUCAGCAGAUCAUAACACACCUCAGGAAACAGAAGUACAACGCUGACUACGACCUGUCGGCCACGCAGAGCGCGGACACGCUGGCCUUCGUGUCCCUGCUGGAGGAGAAGCUGCUGCCAGUACUGAUUCACACCUUCUGGGUGGACGCCAAGAACUACGUGGAGCACACACGGAAGUGGUAUGCAGAAACCAUCCCCUUCCCCCUCAACUUCUUCCUGCCCAACGCCAUGCACAAGCGGCACCUGGAGCGGCUGCAGCUGAUGUGGGGGGACGACUACAUGGAAGAUGAGGAGAAGCUGGAGAAGGAGCUCUACCGGGAAGCUCGGGAAUGCCUGACACUCCUCUCCCAGCGCCUUGGCUCCCAGAAGUUUUUCUUUGGAGACUCGCCGGCCUCCCUUGACGCCUUAGUCUUCAGCCGCCUGGCGCCGCUCCUGAAGGCAAAGCUGCCCAACGGGAAGCUGCAGCAGCACCUGAAGUCCCUGCAGAACCUGUGCAACUACUGCACCUCCAUCCUCAGCCUCUACUUCCCCUGGGACAGAGGUGAUCCCCUGACCGGUGCCCCUCGGGCUGCAGGCACAGAUGGCAGUGAAGCAGAGGAGGACCCCCACAAACGGCGCAAGCAGCUGCUGUCGGUGCUGGUGGGGCUGGCGGCCAUGCUGGGCUACGCCUUCCUGAGCGGCAUCGUCUCCAUCCAGCGCGGCAGCGUGGGGCCGGCCGGCCGGCAGCCCGUCACUCUGGAGGAGGAGGAAGAGGAGGAGGAGGAGUGAGGAUGUGUGACUGUUCCUCCCCAGACCCUGGAACUGACUGUUUUUACACUGGGAGCCUGGCAGCAUCCCUGCAGGUGCUCCGUUCUGUGUCCCACCAGGAACCACAGCCCUCUCCAUGGGAGCAUCCCUGCCAUGCCAAUAAACCUCCCUCUCUCUGCCUGCA